GAAAGUUUAAAUUGUGAGGAAUCGGAAAUUGAAACCUGACUAUCUAGCUAGCAAGCGAGAGACCGAGGUUGUGAAGUGUGGAGAUCAAUAACAGCCCUUGGUCCCAUCUCUGACAGCAAUGAAUACCACGACGCUACGAUCUCUCCCCAGACGAUGGUGCCUUGGGCGGUUGUAUCGGCCCAGUCAUAAGUCGGCAUUGAGACCUAUUAGCCUGAUUGUUCCAAUUCAAGGGGUAGCGUCUCCGAUAUCAUCUCGGAGCGUCGUCACAGCUGUAUCAAGACGUCCACUGUUGGUGGUCCCUCCUUCCAGCAAUACUAUUGCUACUAUCCCUACCAUCCAGUAUCGCAAUUUCCAAAGCGAAGGAGAGUAUCACAGAGUAGCCGAUGAUACGUUGGAAACUAUUCAAGACGUGGUCGAAGAGACAUUGGAAGAUGGCGGUAUCGAGGCGGAAGUAUCGUUGGCAUCGGGCGUCUUGACCAUUGCAUUGCCGGAUAAUCACGGCACCUACGUACUCAACAAACAAACGCCCAAUCAACAAAUAUGGUGGUCGUCUCCCAUUUCGGGACCACGACGGUACGAAUACAAGGACGACACGUGGGUAUUUACUCGAGAUGACGAAAUCACAUUGCACAAGAGCCUCCAGGAGGAAUUGCAACAGUUGUUGAACGUGGAAUUGGACUGGGAGGUUUGA